AUUCAAAAUUAUAAAUUUAAUAAACUGGUUAUCUUAAUAAAAAAUAAUAAUAAACACAUUUAAUCUACAACAAGCGUGGUUCUAAUCAGUACAUACUACCUUUUAGACUUUGAACGUAAAUGAUAAAACUUUCCAUUUUGAAUAGUUCACAGUGCAGUAAACAAUUAUGGCAACGUUUCGGCAGAUCUAUAAAGUUAUUAAUUAUUCUUCAAGUGUCAGGACUCUUUCCACUUCCACCGUAAGAACUGGAUACAACUUUGAACUCAGCGACACCCAGUUAGAAUUUCAACAACUGGCAAGAAAAUUCGCGAGGGAAGAAAUUGCCCCGGUUGCUGCACAUUACGAUAAAAAUGGGGAAUAUCCAAUCGAGCUGGUCAAGAGAGCUUGGUCUCUUGGCCUGUCGAAUUUACACAUACCGGAACACUGCGGUGGUGUGAACGAAACUGUUUUUAACGGUUGUCUUAUUACUGAGGAAUUAGCUUGGGCAUGCACAGGAAUAACUCUAGCUGUAGGGUCAUCAGAACUAGGCCAAGCCCCUGUGAUAAUAGCAGGCAACAAAGAACAACAGAAAAAGUAUCUCGGGCGACUAAUUGAAGAACCACUUGUAGCCGCAUAUUGCACAACCGAGCCAGGCGCUGGUUCUGAUGUGAACGGCAUCAAAACGAAGGCGGAGAAGAAAGGAGACGAGUAUAUUUUGAAUGGACAGAAAAUGUGGAUUACAAACGGUGGCGUGGCCAACUGGUAUUUUGUGCUGGCACGUACCAAUCCAGAUCCCAAGGCUCCAGCAAACAAGGCAUUUACAGGAUUUAUUGUUGAAAGGGACUUUUCUGGAGUGCAACCUGGCAGAAAGGAAGAGAUGAUGGGGCAGCGAGCUUCGGACACUCGCGGCGUCACGUUCGAAGAUGUGCGCAUACCUAAGGAGAACGUCCUUCUGGGAGAAGGUCAAGGUUUUAAAAUUGCCAUGGGAUGCUUCGAUUUAACUAGGCCCUCGGUAGCCGCUAACGCAGUGGGCAUAGCGCAGCGAGCCUUAGACGAGGCCACCAAGUACUCCCUGGAGAGGAAGACGUUCGGCACCGUCAUCUCCAACCACCAAGCGGUGGCCUUCAUGUUGGCCGACAUGGCUGUCGGCGUCGAAACGGCCCGACUCGCAUGGAUGAAGUCCGCUUGGGAAGUGGACAACGGUAAGAGGAACACCUACCUGGCCUCCAUAGCCAAGUGCUACGGUUCCGAGAUAGCCAACAAGUGCGCUGCGGAUGCCGUGCAGGUAUUUGGAGGGGCGGGAUUUAACAAGGAAUACCCCGUGGAGAAGCUGAUGAGGGACGCGAAGAUCACCCAGAUCUACGAAGGGACCACGCAGAUUCAGAAGUUGGUUAUUUCGCGUAUACUUUUGGACAAAGCGAAAAAUGCUUGAAAGCUACUUGAAGAGAUGGGGCGGAGAUAAGGAUGGACCAAAUGUAAAUUCUCUUUCAAAUUUAUUGGUGUAAAUAAAAGUUUAACGAUUAA